AGUAGUAGUGUAGUGUAGAAACCGCGUUCUCUCUCUUCAGUCUCCGGUCCGCUCAGUCUGCUCAUCAGCCGAUGGAGUAGAGCUCCUCUUGACACGCAGAGAGCAGGUCACCAGGUUACUCCCCUAUGAUGCGCUGCCUGCUGUUACCGUGAGCGUUGCGGUAUCAGCUGUAGCUAGCGUGGCAGAACGUGUUCUCGCGACCCACCGGGAGUUUGGAAACGACACAAUCACCACCCAACACGCGUUCGACCGGGGCCAGGCUGUGCGAGUCACGGAUCGCUCCCGAGCCGCCCCGCGCGCUCGCCCUCGCGCUUGCCCCUAUGGAGGGGGACGUGAUGGACAAGCUGGAGGACAUGGCCUCGGUGUACGAGUUCGACCCGAUCACCGGGAACAUCCCCGCCACUAAAGUAGAGAUCACCGUCUCCUGCAGGAAUCUUCUAGAUAAAGACACAUUCUCCAAAUCUGACCCAUUGUGUGUGCUCUAUACCCAAGGAGUGGAGACCAAGCAGUGGAGAGAGUUUGGUAGAACAGAGGUGAUUGACAACACUCUAAACCCAGACUUUGUCAGGAAGUACAUCCUGGACUAUUUCUUUGAGGAGAAGCAGAAUCUACGCUUUGACUUGUAUGACGUGGACUCUAAAAGCCCAGACCUCUCCAAACACGACUUCUUGGGUCAGGUGUUCUGUACUCUGGGGGAGAUCGUGGGGUCACCUGCCAGUCGACUGGAGAAACCACUGGGCGGUAUAGCUGGGAAGAAAUGUGGCACCAUCAUUCUGUCUGUAGAGGAGCUGGGUAACUGCAGAGACAGCGCGACAAUGCAGUUCUGUGCCAACAAACUGGACAAGAAGGACUUCUUUGGCAAGUCAGAUCCAUUCAUAGUGUUCUACAGGAGUAACGAGGAUGGAACGUUUACUAUCUGCCAUAAAACUGAGGUUGUGAAGAACACGUUGAACCCAGUGUGGCAGUCAUUCACCAUUCCAGUCAGAGCGCUCUGCAAUGGGGACUUUGACAGGACGAUCAAGGUGGAGGUGUACGACUGGGACCGCGAUGGCAGCCAUGACUUCAUAGGGGAGUUCACCACUAGUUACCGGGAACUAGCUCGAGGCCAGAGCCAGUUCAACGUCUAUGAGGUGGUGAAUAUCAAAAAGAAACUGAAGAAAAAGAAAUAUGUGAAUUCAGGAACGGUGACACUCCUCUCCUUCUCUGUGGAAUCAGAGUGCACAUUCCUGGACUUCAUCAAGGGAGGGACCCAAAUAAAUUUCACUGUGGCCAUUGAUUUCACCGCGUCUAAUGGUAACCCAUCCCAGUCCACCUCUCUCCACUACAUGAACCCGUACCAGAUGAAUGCCUACGCCAUGGCCCUGAAGGCUGUAGGGGAGAUCAUCCAGGACUAUGACAGUGAUAAGAUGUUCCCUGCUCUGGGGUUCGGAGCCAAGCUGCCCCCUGAUGGACAGGUCUCACACGAGUUCCCUCUGAACGGUAACAUAGAGAACCCUUACUGUAAUGGUAUAGACGGCAUCCUGGAGGCCUACCACGAGAGUCUGAAGACUGUUCAGCUCUACGGACCAACCAACUUCGCCCCUGUAGUCAACCAUGUGGCCAGGUAUGCUGCAGCAGUUCAGGACGGGUCCCAGUACUUCAUCCUCCUCAUCAUUACAGAUGGAGUCAUAUCAGACAUGGCUCAGACCAAGGAGGCCAUCGUCAAUGGGGCUAAACUGCCCAUGUCCAUCAUCAUCGUUGGAGUGGGACAGGCUGAGUUUGACGCCAUGGUGGAGUUGGAUGGUGAUGACAUCAGAAUCUCUUCCAGAGGGAAGCUGGCAGAGAGAGACAUUGUCCAGUUUGUCCCAUUCAGAGACUACAUGGAUCGUACAGGGAACCAUGUCCUCAGUAUGGCCCGGCUGGCCAAGGAUGUCCUGGCUGAGAUCCCUGAUCAGUUCAUCUCUUAUAUGAAGAGUCGGGGCAUCAAACCCAACCCUGCACCGCCCCCCUACACACCCUCUGGACACACACACCACACACAGAUCUGACCACCUCACAUACACACCUUUACACUGAGUACUGAUGAGAGAGACACCAUCAAAGAUUUGCAACCCCUAGGAAUCAUAGGAGGGGAACUCUCUGUCUACUUCCUGAUUGGAACAUCGAGACAGGACGUGAUGUAAGAGGAAGCUAUUAAAGCUACAGGUGUUUGUGUCAGAACUCUCCCGGACAGGUAACUCUCUGGACUGGGGAAGACAACAGUGUUUCUGUUCAUUGUGGUUCUAUCUAUUCUGCUUGUCUCUCUGGAGGAGAAGAGAGACCACCAUGGAGAGAUUAUAUGUAGCUGUGCCAUACAAGGACUAUUGGUGAUCAAUGACUUGUCUUUUUAUCAACAUACAUGGGCCUGUGACUGUUUUCUCUUGUAUUGUUAAAGAGCAGGUGUGAUCGAGGGGUCAUGUUGUGGUUGAAACUUGUGCCUGUCUGUAGAGGGGUCAUCUAACCGACCAAGUGGAACCCUCGUGUGAACACUGACAUCUCACCUUCCACCUUUGAUCUUGCAUGUGAUUGGUGUAUUGGAGCGCGUGUGUUAAGCUGGUGAUGUUUUUAGAAACCUUUCCAUCAGUUUACUAGUUUGUUUUGGCCCUCAGACAUGUCUAUAUAUUGAUUUGUAGCUUCAUCCUUCUAGUUUGUUUUGGCCCUCAGACAUGUCUAUAUAUUGAUUUGUAGCUUCAUCCUUCUAGUUUGUUUUGGCCCUCAGACAUGUCUAUAUAUUGAUUUGUAGCUUCAUCCUUCUAGUUUGUUUUGGCCCUCAGACAUGUCUAUAUAUUGAUUUGUAGCUUCAUCCUUCUAGUUUGUUUUGGCCCUCAGACAUGUCUAUAUAUUGAUUUGUAGCUUCAUCCUUCUAGUUUGUUUUGGCCCUCAGACAUGUCUAUAUAUUGAUUUGUAGCUUCAUCCUUCUAGUUUGUUUUGGCCCUCAGACAUGUCUAUAUAUUGAUUUGUAGCUUCAUCAUUCAAGGUGAAAAAAAGAAAAGUAUUUGUAAUUUUUUGUUUCAUUGGUUCACUAAGUUUUUCUUACUCCCAUAAGUUAUUGAUUCUUCUCUUGCUUUACAUUUCAAAGCAUGUUUGUGUAGGAUGGAAUUUGCCUGUAUGCCUGUAUUUAUAAUGUAUCAAAGUGGCAUGGAUAUAUAAGGAUAUAUAAUGAAUUUGUAUUUGUUUAGUUAUUUUAUCAUUUCUAGGUACCUUCCCAGUUUAGAUUUCUCUACAACACACAGUUAGUUAGACAGUUAGCAAUACGAUUAAGCACAAGGGCGAGAUACUUCAACCACCACAGCAAUUGGUAGAACCUGUCUGUGACAUCAUCAUAACUGUGACAUACAUAACCACACCUAUAACAUACAUCAUCAUAAGUAUUGGUUUUGACAGUUGACCAGGUCAUAUUUGGGAUCAGUCAAAGAUAUUUAAAAUAUACAAAUUAUUACGCAAUUCAAAAGCACAAAAAAAAAAAAAUCUAAUACUCUUUCAACUAUUCCAUUUUUUUUCUCUCUUUUCAUCUCUCUCUUUCCAUAGAGAAUGGAUUUUUGUUUAUUGACAUUAAACCUCUCCGGAUAAAUGUAUCCACUUGAAGAAUAUUUUAUUCUAUGAAUGAAUAUUUUAUUCUAUGAAUCCUUUUCAUGAUCAACAAUAACUCGCCCACCAGUCCUUUAUCUCUCUCUCUCUCUCUCUCUCUCUCUCUCUCUCUCUCUCUCUCUCUCUCUC